UCCUCAGCAUCUCAGAGAAGCAGGCUGUCUCAGCGUGUUUUAAUGAGUCUUCUCGGCUGUGUCCGUGUGGAUAAACCAUCGAACAGUUUGAAAUCUUAAUCUCAGAAGCGCCCGGUGAUCAUGGAGGCGCCCGCUGAGCCGGAAACACCCGAAGAGAGGCUCAAAGAAGAGACUCAAGUCCAGCAGGAGCAGAAAGCUGAGGAGGAGUCUGCUGCAGAGGUCCAGUCUCUGUCCAAACGGCAGAGGAAGAAGCUCCAGCGGCAGCUCAAGUGGGAGGAGGAGAGGGAGGCCCGGAAACAGAAACGAAAAGACAGAAAGCAGCAGCGGCGUCAGCAGAGGCAGAAUCAGCCGGAGGAGGAAAGAGGCCAGCAGAGCUCCAGGAAGCGGCCGUGCAGAGAGAGCUCCCCCUGCUCCCUGAAGCUGGUGUUGGACUGCAGCUUCGACAGCUUGAUGCUCAUCAAGGAUAUCCGGAAGCUUCACAAACAAAUCCAGCGGUGUUAUGCCGAGAACAGACGAGCGAAGAGUCCGGUGCAGUUUUAUCUGACGAGCUUCGGAGGACAGCUGAAAGAGAGCAUGGACGAGAAGGACAAGGGCUGGGUGAACUGGAAGGACGUGACCAUCAGCCCGGAGCACUACAGCGACGUCGUCCCCAGAGACCAGCUGGUGUACCUGACCUCCGACUCCCCCAACGUGCUGCAGGAGCUGGACCAAACCAAGGCCUACGUGAUCGGAGGCCUGGUGGACCACAACCACCACAAGGGCAUCACCUUUGAACGGGCCAAAGAGCAGGGAAUCGAACACGCCCAGCUGCCUCUGAGCAGCUUCGUCAGGAUGAACAGCAGGAAGGUUCUGGCCGUCAAUCACGUGUUCGAGAUCGUCCUGGCGUACCUGGAGACGGGCAGCUGGCGGGACGCCUUCUUCACCGUCCUGCCGCUGCGGAAAGGAGCCGUGGCCGUCGACGCCGACGGGAUGAGCGCCGAAGAAAAUGAGGACGUAGAGGAAACACAGAACUCAGGACAAACAGACGGCUCUCAGCAGAGCUGAAACAACAGUUAUACUCAUAUUUAAGACUUUCUGUGUCCCCAUUUGAUUUUAUUUUAUUUUAAAAAUAUUCUCAAGUUUUUUUUAUAACAGAGACCACGUCAGAGAGAUGGUGGUGUGACGGACUAUAACUAUAUCAGUACUUUAAAUGUGUGAAGCAGACAGUGGUUCAGCUGUGAUGACGACCGGUGGAGAUUUUUGCUUUUCUUCUGAAAAAAUGAGUUUGUGAGUCUGACAUGGAGGUGAGCAGCAUCCUCACAGAGCGCAAUGAGUAAACUCUGAUUUGGGAUUUAUUUUUCCCUGUGUGGUCAGUUUGUUCAUAGAUAGAUAAAUUCAUCCGCUCAGGGAAAUGAACUUGUCACACAGCUCACACUAUAAAAUGCACACAAUACAUACACACACACACACACACACACACACACACGUUUGUCUGAUAAUUAUCAUAUCGUAGUUUUAUGAGGUGAAGCCAAAUUCCUCUGGAUGGUAACGUAUUCCUGACCUCGGUGUUUACAUGGGAAAAUGAAGGAUUAGAUCCUUCUUACCGCUGGGGGCUGUGAAGCGUUCUGAUUGGACGGGGCGGCCG